UUACUUAAUUUCCACUAAUUUACUCAAUUCAAAGUUACUAAAAUAAAAAAACAUUUCAUGAAUGAAAGUAGCAGGAAGAUAUCUAGAGAAAACUUUAUAGAGAAUAUUUUCAACUUGAUUAAACAAUUUUCUUCGCUGACCAGCUUUUUCCAAGCGAUACUUAAUCAUUCCUGCGUACAGAGGAAACUUGGCCGCCAUUUUGUCGUCAAACUUGUCUUCAUCUCCAUCCUUGAACCUCAGCGCCAUUUUGUGAUAAGAUCUGUGGAGUAUAUCAAACAAGGAAAAUCCAGCCAUUAUUCCAUAAAUGUAAAAGCCAGCCGCCAUCAGCUUCACAAUAUGCUUCUUCAUGACCUCAAGGCACUUUUCUUUGUCUCCAUAGGUAUCAAUCGGUAAUUUGCCAUAUAUAUGUUUGCUCACAAUAUUAACAUCACAACCUGCAUCCAGAAGAUCUUGAAGACUAGACUCGGGAUCAACUGGGUCAUCCUCCAUGCACCAAGGCUC